CAUACUAAUAUCCCAUCGAAUGUAAAUUAAUGCGAGGUUGCAAAAGCUACUAACAUAGAAGUAAAACGGUAAACUCAACGGUCAUAUAUUUUCAAAUUUCAUUCCCGUUAUUCAGCCUUUCUAAGUUCACAUCUCUCCUUGGUAUUUGUUUGGUCUUUUCUCCCUAAGCUGUCUGAGCCUUCCUUCAUUUUCCCUCCGCCUUUCACCUCCUUCUUCACUGCUCCUUUUUUUUUUCUCUUUUCUCUCCAAAGGCAAAAAGAAAAGAAGAGGGAGAAGACUUAAAUUUGUGCUUUAAAAUAUGCUGCAAGAUAUGUGGAAUGCUCCUCCUGGUUUUAGACCCACGAAAUCCGCUCCCACUUCACCAGCCAAGCCUCUUGGGGUUUCCAGAACACGCUCUGAGUCCUUUCACGCCAUCCAUAAAGUCCCUGUGGGUGACACUCCUUAUGUGAGAGCAAAAAAUGUUCAAUUGGUAGAUAAAGAUCCAGAGAAGGCCAUUCCUCUGUUUUGGGCAGCCAUAAAUGCUGGGGAUAGAGUGGAUAGUGCUUUGAAAGAUAUGGCCAUUGUCAUGAAGCAACAGAAUCGGGCUGAGGAAGCCAUUGAAGCCAUCAAGUCAUUGAGGAGCCGUUGUUCAGAUCAAGCCCAAGAGUCCCUUGACAAUAUUCUUUUGGAUCUUUACAAGAGAUGUGGGAGAUUGGAUGACCAAAUAGCAUUGUUGAAGCACAAGCUAUAUUUGAUUCAACAAGGGCUUGCUUUCAAUGGCAAACGCACAAAGACUGCCAGGUCUCAAGGAAAGAAAUUUCAGGUCUCUGUUGAACAAGAAGCAACUCGGUUACUGGGGAACUUGGGAUGGGCACUGAUGCAGCAAAAUAACUACGUCGAAGCAGAAGAUGCUUAUCGGCGGGCACUUUCUAUUGCAACUGACAACAAUAAGAUGUGCAAUCUUGGUAUAUGCUUAAUGAAGCAGGGGAGGAUUGCAGAGGCUAAAGAGACAUUGCGCCUAGUGAAACCAGCUGUUGCAGAUGGCCCAAGAGGUGUAGAUUCCCAUCUCAAAGCCUAUGAAAGGGCACAGCAGAUGCUUAAGGAUCUUGAAUCCGAGAUGAUGAACAAGGGAGGAGACCGGGUUGAACAGAGUAGGCUCUUUGAUGCGUUUCUUGGUUCAUCAUCCAUUUGGCAGCCUCAGCCUUGCAAGGAUCAUAGCAACUUAUCAACAACAAAUGCAAGCAAAUUGCAUGAUGAUUUUGCCGAUGAGAACAUAGAUUCAAAUAUAGUAGCAUACCAGACGGUGCUUUCACAGCAAAAAAGUAUCAAACAGUUUGCUACUUUUGGGAAUUCACUGAAUGUGGAUGCACCCCCAUUCUAUUCCUGGAAAAUGGCAAAAGAGCCAACUGGGAAUCAACUCCAUGAGACCCUUAAGAGAACAAGGUCAGGAAAUUCUGCAAAUUCGAGCAGAGGGAAUGAAAUGGGAGUGCUCAAUAAGCCACCAGUGGAGCCUGACAACUCAGAAAACAAGUCAAGAAGGCUAUCUGAUGAAACAGAGGGGCUAUCUGAUGAAACAGAGGGGAGAUUGUCUGAGCUGUUACCAGGCAAUGAAGACUUCGAGGAGGCUAUUCUUGCAGCAGUUUUGGGACCAACAAAUGAAGCAGGGAAGCCAGUUGAAACUGGUAUCACCAGUAUCUUUCAAGCGACAACCGAAAAGAGGCUCGAGGUUUUCCGGGACAUAACACUGUCUCUCAGCCCAAGAGCCUAGCCUGACUAAAGUCAGCCUAAUUCACUAAGUUAAUCUUUUAAAAUUCUCGGAUGGAGAUGAACUUGUUCUCCUGGACCCUAGUUCCUGUGAGCAGUGGGGUUUUCCCCAUUGCUAAAGAAUAUUAUUUCUAUUUUUUUGAGUUUGGGAAUAAAUUCAGUAUCUAAUUUCAC